AUCAACUUCAGUCUAACCGAUUUUGCCAAAGGACGAGAGGUUGAGUUGCUCACGAGAAUUGCACGUCCAGCGUUUUUGCGAUGUUCUAAUCUACAAAAUCUACGAAUCAUGUCUCGGGCAAAGACAAUUUUUGCUUUAAUUCUUCUUACAUCAUGGGAAUCUGGUGCUUCAAAAGCACCAACACUAAGUCCUUUCAUCCGUCAUUAUGAGAUGUUAAACUAUGACUUGGAAGCAGUACAUCAGCAGCAUAGAAGAGCAGUCAGAUCACUGGAGCAAUCUAACGUUGAACUGAAAUUUACAGCUCACAGCAGAGAUUUCCACCUUCGGUUAAAGCGGGAUACAAGUGUGUUUUUACCAAGUGUUACGCUGGAAACCUCAAAUGGAGACGAAGUUCCGGAAGUCAAUUAUUUUUACAGUGGAGAACUGGCAGGUGAGACAGGGAGCUAUUGCCAUGGUUCCAUUGUGGAUGGCCUCUUCCAAGGCAAGAUUCACGUUGGGGAGGAGGUUUACUCUGUGGAACCUGCUGCCAACUACAUGAAAAAUCCAGACUCUCACUCUGUCAUCUACGAGGCCAAGGAUGUGGACUACUCCUCUCUGGGCUCCAGUGGUUGUGGCAUGGUCGGCCAAAUCCAGAAACGGAUGGAAGAGAGACUGAAAGAGAUGCAGAAAGAAGAGAAAAUGGAGGACAGAGGUGAUAGUUCAUCGUACUUUGCUCGUCAUAAACGUCAAGCACCAUCUGCUCAGACUUGCACUCUGUUCAUCAGAACAGACAUUGAAUUCUUUGAACGAUUUGGGAGUAAACUAGCCGUCAUAAGACAGAUUGGAGAUCACGUGCAAGCGGCGAGCCAGAUUUACUCAAGGACAACGUUUGGAGACUACACAGAUAUCAACUUUGCAGUUGCCAAAAUCAGGAUCUACACAGAGGCAGAUCGGAAUUCUCCUGAGUACCCAUUCCGUGAUGAAAACCUCGGUGUGGAGAAGUACUUAGAUUAUGCAUCCAAUGGUGACCUCAGUGCGUACUGCCUAGCUUACACCUUUACUAACCGAGACUUUGCUAAUGGCGUACUUGGCCUGGCAUGGAUUGCAACCGAUGUAGCUGGUAGCACUGGUGGUCUUUGUGCACCAAAACUGAGCAGCCGUGACACGACCCUCAACACUGGUAUUGUCACCAUCAACAACUACGGAUCCUAUGUGCCACCGUUGAUGUCACACAACACGUUGGCGCAUGAGAUUGGGCACAGCUUUGGAUCCAAUCAUGACCCCAUGGAUAACCAGGUUUGUUCUCCCGGGGGCACGAGCGGUAACUAUCUCAUGUUUGCUCACGCUUCGUCUGGUGUCCUGGCCAACAAUGACGACUUUUCCAUUUGUAGCAUCGAUGAGAUUACCCGAGUCCUGAGGUCUGUCUUUAUGGGAGUCAGUAAGAGAAACUGCUUUGUGGAGCAAUCAAGUGUCACGCUUUGUGGUAAUGGCAUCUUGGAGGAGAAUGAAAUGUGCGAUUGCGGUUACGAAGGGAUGUGUGGGGAUUCAUGCUGUAUUGCACAGAAUGCUGAAAACAACAGAGUUAAUGCUUGCCAGCUAACAAGCACAGCCAUGUGUAGCCCUCAGCAAGGAGAUUGCUGUGAUCCUAUGACUUGCAGCUAUCAACCUAUCAGCCACGUCUGCAAGACAGAAGAUGAAUGCAGCUUGAGUGCCAACUGCACUGGUAAUAGUGUUCGUUGCAGUAAUGCAGUUUCCAGACCUGACAGUACCAAAUGUGACAACGGAAGGAAGGUUUGCAGCAAUGGGGCGUGUUCCUUAUCUGUGUGCAGUAUUCACAAUCUAGAAGAAUGCCAAUGCUCAACGGAAACAGAGAAAUGUGAAAUCUGCUGCCAGAACCCAGAUCAACCCGCGUCCUGCGUUGCCGCUUCUCGUAUUAACAUCCGAGGACCAAACGAGGAGCUCUUGUAUAAGGAUGCGGGGUCCCCGUGUGAUGACUACAUGGGCUACUGUGAUUUCUUUGAUUCCUGUCGUCUGGCCAACGAGGAUGGGCCGUUAGCAGGCAUCAUCAGGAAAAUCUUCUUCAGUGAGGAAGACCAGCUGACCGACGUCAUAUGGUCUUGGAUCAUGGCCAACUGGUGGGUGAUUCUAAUCAUUGUCGUCGUCUUGAUCAUCGUCAUGAUCCUUGUUGUCUUCGUCUGUGAACGGCUUAUCCCCACCACCAACCCUUGGCAUAAGGAGAAAGAACAACUGAUGCGCCGUGCCAGUGCCAACGUUCAGCUCCAGAAGAAGCGUAACCGUGGCAGCCGAUACUACGGUGAUCCACCUCCACCAACCUCCUUUGACCAACAUCCGGACAAUGCUGAGAAGAGAGCCACCCGGUUUUAAAUUGUGGGGUUUGGCCAGUUUUUAGCUAAAUUAAACAUACUGAGCUUCAUAUGCCAAAGGAUUUUGUCUGCAUGGCCUAGUAUAAACACUUUCGUUGACAUUCAAAGGUAUUGUUCCAAUCUUUCAAAAACCAGUGGGCUUUCAGACUUAAAAAUCUUGUUACUGGUACGGUCCUUUGUGAUCAAUGAUGUGAUAAUUCAAAGAAUUCCAAGUUACAAGGAAGAAACAUACUCUAGAUGGUGUAACCUAGGUUAAGAAAUUUUUACGGUAAUGUUACACUGACUUUUGCAAGGCCAAAACAAGCCACUCUACUGACCAGAUCACUUUCACAAAUGUCCCGGAAAAUGUUUGAUUAAAUAUACUGAAGUCUCACUACAAAGAAGGUAAACUACUAUUUUGCCAUCAGUGGGUGUCACUAUUUAAGGCUUAGGGCCUCUCUCUGUAGGGAACUUUAGACUUUGUAUAUACCGGCAAUGUUUUAAUGCCAUGAGUUCUAUUUCAUCAGCACUCCAGUUCAGUGUACCUAGUUAGGGCAACACUUGGGGUGUGGCAGAGAGUUUAUAUGGUCGGUGGAUGGGCUCGGUAUUCAUUAAGCCAGGUUUGGGCUCAUGUUCAUAUGUGUAUGCAUGCAUCAAAACUGAAUCGUUACUUGGGGAUAAAUUCUUCGGAUGGAUCUUGUCAAGUCGCCAAUGGCAAAGGCACACUAAGUCUGCUAUCUGGAAUUUAUGUACAGUAUGCAUUCAAAAAAGGAGAUCAAAAUGAAUGAAACCACCAAUCCAGUAAGCCCAGCCUACUGUGCACGGUGGCCACGUGGGCACUGAAGACAUGUUCCUCUUCAGUGCUACACUGCAGGUUCCAGCCGCAUGCAUCAUAUGUGUGUGCAUGCAUGAUGGACUUGUGUGCGUACGCAUGUGGGACAUGUGGGGCUGUGAUUGGUCAGAAAACAGUGGAGUGGGGCUAACUGGAUUGGUCUGUGCUGUUGCCACCAUCUGUGACUUGCAUGAGCAAAGCUUGAUUUAUGCAUACACAAUGUGAGUAUCAGACUGACCAAUGCUGUGAUAUGUGUUUGAUAUUACCAACCGGUACCGGCUGUGUACUUUUGAAUUUUUGGUCUUCAAAUUUUUAUAUUGUUAUCGUCAGAGAAUCCUAAUUCAUACUUUUGUAUUCUAGCUGCUUUGUACAGAGUGAAAGUAGUUGAACUGAAAUGCCUUUAGAAUGCAUCCAUUCACCCUUCUGUCUUUCAAGUAAUUCAAUGAGACCUUUUUAUAUUUUUCUCCUUUUCCAGCAGGUGUGUGAAAAGCAAUGGAUUGCUUUCAUUAGAAUUAUAACAAAUGCAAUAUGAUAUUGCUUCAGGGUUUGGGGAUUUUAAUUUUAUUUUUAAACUUGUUGUUCACAUAGUUUUUCUGUACUGUUGGUUAUUAUUUACUUUUGAAGAGUUCAGGGCUUAAGACUACAAUCCAAGCAUGUUAUUAGAAGUUUCUUAAUCUUUGAAGUUGUGCAUGUUGGUUAGUAUGACUUUACUUAUACAAUUUAUGUUUUUUAUUUGAAAGAAAUCACAUGUUAUGAUUUGUACAUUUAAGGGUGAUUGAAUUAUUGUCUAUAUAAAGUAUGGCAUGGACCGUGGCUGUCAACAUGAAGUAUGAACCAUCAAUAUGUCACAAAAAUUAUAAGAAAAAUCCUAAAUCAAACAUCAACGUGGAGAAUUGAUUAAUUUAAAGUCUGAGUUAUAAGGCAUCCGUAAGUACCUCAGACAGUCUCCCCUAUUGAACAACGUGCAACUUGACAGUGAAUUAAUAUCUGAUAAUGCCCUCAGAGAUGUGAUAAUGCCCAGUGCGUCAGUCAUGCACUGACACCUGGAUAUGACACAGUUUAAAGUUUAAUAGAUUGUGAUUGGUCAAGAGUCUGUGUGCAUGCAGCUCACCUCGCAAGCCAAGUCCAUAUAAGAAGCUUCUUUUAGACAA